AUGAUUAUAAACAGUGCUAAGUCAGCAUUUUAUUUUUCAAUAAUGUCCACGUGUGGUGUGAUGCUUGGCAUUUUGGACGAAGAAAUUCCUUUGGUGGACGAUGAUCGAGUUGGUUGGAUGACUAAUAAAAUUGGUGGAAGUCCUAAUUGGAUGAAUGAAACUCCUCAUAUCUACCCACAAUGUGAUAUUUGUGGUAAGGAUCUUCCUCUCGUCAUCCAAAUCUACUGCCCAUUACUAAACUCACAAUAUCACCGAGUGUUGUAUGUUUUUGGUUGUACCAAUAUUCCAUGUUGGAACAAAAAUGAAAGUUGGAAAGUGUUGAGAGGUGAAGUUGUGAGUGAACGAAAAAACAUUAAGAACGAAGAAAUUGUUAGUUCUCAAGAGUCAAAGACAAACAGUUGGUGUGAUGACAGUGAUGAUUGGGGAGAACAUGAAGAAAUUGAUGUCAAUAUGACGACUGAAAUUACCGAUCUUGAAAAUCAAACUAGGAAUCUUGAGUUAACAUCAAAAGAACAAAAUAAUAUAUCAUCUUUUUCUCAAACCUAUCCAAACAAAACAACACCGAAAGUGUAUUUCAAACCAUAUUUUGUGACAGUACUGAAUGAAUAUGAUUUGAAUUCUCACACCAGCAAAAUGACUCUAUCAGAGAAACAUUUGCUGGAUGAAUAUAGGAAACGCGAGGGACUAAAAGAUUUUACUGAGAUUGAAAAUAAUUUUGUUGGGGCUAAAUCAGGGGAGAAAUAUGAAACCAGUUGUGCAAAACCUGAAGAUAAAAUCUUCCAGAAGUUCAAGAAAAAACUAACUUUGUGUCCAGAACAGUGUAUUAGGUAUAAAUGGGAUGGAAAACCACUCCCCAUGACAUCACAGUCAAUUGGAACUAUCCCAGCAUGCAGUACAUGCGGGAGGAGAGUAUUCGAACUACAGUUAAUGCCAGCACUAGUAUCUCACCUGAAGAUUGAGAAGGACAAUAGUGCGAUUUAUUUGAAUAAUGAAGAUCUAAAUGAGCACAAUUGUACUGCAAAUGAGCAGGACAUCUUUUCAUGGCAAAGAAAUGUGAACUCAGCUUCUAUAGAAUUUGGGAUGGUCUUCGUUUACACCUGCUCAAAAUCUUGUUGGGAAGAAGGCAGGAGUUAUCAACAGGAAUACAUUUUAGUCCAAUCAUAUCCUGACCAAUAUCUUUUUAGAGAUUUACAAUAAAUUCAAACGGUCAUUUUAA